UUUAAAGGAAUAUUAAUUUUCACGAUUUUAAUAGGAAGAUCUGGCAAAAUGUUUUCUGAUAUUUAUUUUCAUGUUUUCAGUAGAAAUCAAUUCAAAAAGGGGGAUACCUUUAUCUUUCCAUCGCGGAAGCCUGGAUUCUAAGAAGUUUGUGUUGUGUUUUGGAGGGAAAAUGACUUCGAGAAAAGGAGACAUGAAGGGAUCAACACUGAAUUGGAAACCGGUACUGAGAAAACCAUUCGAUAACUCGAGGGUUAUCAGAUUUAAAUGCUCAUUGCAGAAUACUAUCUUCGAUGUGCUACGCUCAAAAGGCUGGACAGAAGUUAGAGAGGAGGGAGACUGGGACUUCUACUGGUGUGAUGUUGGCUGGAUGCGUGAAUUCUUUGAUCACACAUACAUGGAUGAACAUGUCAAGAUAUCCCACUUCAGGAAUCACUAUGAGUUGACACGAAAAAAUCUGAUGAUAAAAAACAUGAAGAGACUGAAGAAGCAACUGGAGCGAGAAUACGGAAAACACGAAGGGACCAAAUGUGAAUUUUACCCAACAACAUUUGAACUACCAAUGGAAUAUCACAUAUUUGUUGAAGAGUUCAAGAGAAAUCCAGGAACUACAUGGAUCAUGAAACCUGUUUCCAAGUCUCAAGGAAAAGGAAUAUUUUUGUUUAGAAAACUCAAAGAUAUUAUGGACUGGAAGAAGGAGGAUCCAUACAGGACUCAGCAACUCGCGGAAGAAAGAAUAAAAGAUGACAAGGAACCUAUUGAGACGUACAUCGUGCAAAGAUAUAUUGAGAACCCUUUUCUUGUAGGAGGAAGAAAAUUUGAUCUACGUAUAUAUGUCCUUGUAACAUCUUACUCUCCCCUAUGUGUCUGGCUCUACCGCGAAGGCUUUGCUCGUUUCUCAAACACCCGGUUCUCUCUUGACUCUAUUGAUGACACAUAUGUUCACCUUACGAACGUGGCCAUACAGAAAACAGCACCAGAUUACGACCCUGAGAAGGGUUGUAAAUGGUCAAUGCAACAGCUGCGACGGUAUCUGAUUGCCAAGAAGGGAGUUGCUACGGUAGAACAAGUGAUGCGAAACAUUGACCAGAUGAUCAUCAAGAGCUUACAGGCCGUACAGAAAGUCAUGAUUAACGACAAACACUGCUUUGAGCUAUAUGGAUAUGAUAUCAUGUUUGACUCGAAUCUUAAACCAUGGUUGAUUGAGGUCAAUGCAUCUCCAUCCUUGACUGCCAGCAGUCAAACCGAUUACGAGCUCAAGUUCCGUCUACUAGAAGAUGUGGUUUAUGUCAUUGAUAUGGAAAAUAGGUUAACAGGCCGGGAGAAGCGUGUUGGAGGGUUCGACUUGAUGUGGAAUGACGGCCCUGUGUUUAUGGACGAUGCUUGUGGCUCUGACUGCGUUCCACAGCCUACCCACCCAACUAAUACGUUCCUAGGCUGCUAUAAUGAUGAUAGAGAAAAACAGCUAAAACAAGUAUUUAAAACAGCGCAGGCAGCCAAGAAAAGCUGACAAAUGUCUAGACUAGAUGGACAAUAACUAGAAGUCAUAUAAUAUCGGAUUUCAAAAGGCAAAAGGCAAAACAGAUGUCAUCUCAAAGAACAUUUAACACUGGCCGAUUGACCGGCCGAGUAUUUUAAAGCUGUUAUUUAUCAAGAACCUUGUUUGAACUGUGUAAAAUUAAAAAUAAGGUUCAAAACCAA